CGGAACGAACUGCAAUCAUGGCAGCAGAUCCCGAUCAACAGCGUCACAGACCUGGCACAUUAAAACAACAGAACAAGGCACAUAAACAUGGUAGACAUAGAAGUAAAGGCAAGCUGGAGAAAGACACUAAAGGUAGAGUAAGUGUAAAGGUGUUAUCUAAAAAAUCAAGACAUGUACAGAAAAGAAAUGACAGAAGGAAUCAGGCACAUCAGAUAAGGAAGCAGAGGCGUGAUGAAGCACUUGCGAAGAAGAGGAGCCGAGGGGGACAGGGAACUCCUCCAUAUUUAGUGGCUGUGCUGCCUCUCUGUGAUGGUCUAGACACCACAUCACUUGUUAAUCUCAUGAAAUCCUGUGAUGAUAGCUUGACAGUCAUUGAAAAUGAUCAAGGAUUGAUUCAUAUCAGUAUUCCAAGGUUUAAACAGCGCCUGACAUUGUGUGUGACUCGUUAUGGGGACACUGUUUCUGUGUUGGAUGCAGCAAAAGUUGCAGAUUCUGUCCUCUGUCUUCUGUCUCCAGAGGAGGGUAUGGAUGAUCAGGGUGAUGACACAUUAAAAUGCCUCCUGUCUCAAGGUUUACCUGCGGUCAACUUUGUUGUGCAGGGAUUCAAAGAGAUACCUGUAAAGAAGCAAGGUGAUGUCAGAAAAUUUUUACAAAGACAGAUAGAAUCCAAAUUUCCAGGUGAAAAAUUCCAUUCUCUGGAUGACAAGCAAGAUGCGUUACUUGUACUGAGACAGCUAACGAAUCAGAAGUUAAGACAAAUCCUUUACAGGGAAAGAAGACCUCACAUGAUAACUGAGGAAAUUCAGUUUGAACUGGACAAUGCAGAGUGUGAAACGGGGACGUUAAAGGUGUGUGGUUACCUCCGUGGACGGAGUCUGUCUGUGAAUGGUCUUGUACACUUACCAGGGUGGGGUGACUUCCAGAUGUCCCAGAUUGAUGCCCCCAAAGACCCAUACCCUCUUGUGCUUGGACAGGACAAACAGCGAAGGAAAAAUAGUGAAGGUGAUAACACUUCAUCUGUUGAGAUGGAGGAAGAAGAUGAGAAGGUUCUGGCAAGGGCAGAUCCCAACAGGCAGGAAUCUCUUCAGAGUGAGGUUGUACCUGAUCCCAUGGAGGGUGAACAAACAUGGCCUACCCCAGAGGAAAUGGCAGAUGCAGAAGUUGCUGCGGAGAGUAAAGCCAAAGUUGUGAAGAAAGUCCCCAAAGGAACCUCAGAUUACCAAGCGUCAUGGAUCAUAAAUAGUGACGAGGAGGAGGAACAGUCUGAGGAUGACAGUGAGGAAGAGGAAGAUGUUGCCAUGGAAGCCGAGGAGGAGGACGCCUCUGAGGAUGGGUCAGAUGUGGAGACUGAAGAACAAGAGGACUAUGAUACAGUGAGCCUUACUGAUGACACAUCCAGGUAUGACGCUGGCAUGGACCUGGAUGAGGACAGGAGAACCUUGGAGAAGAUUAAGGAAGAGAAAGCUCACGUGACCUUCCCUGAUGAGAUUGAUACCCCAAUGGAGACUACAGCCCGGGCACGAUUUGCAAGGUAUCGUGGGUUGAAAAGCUUUAGAACAUCCCCAUGGGAUCCCAAAGAGAACUUACCACAUGACUAUGCCAGGAUAUUCCAGUUUGCAGAUUUCAAAAGAACUAAGAAGAGGGUCUUGGCAGAGGAGGGUGAUGGAGCCAUGCCUGGCUGGUUCAUUACUGUACAUAUUGUGGAUGUGCCAAAAGCAUUUAUGGAAUGUUACCAACCUGGGAUACCAGUCGUGUUGUUUGGUCUGCUGCCUCAUGAACAGAAAAUCUCUGUGGUGAAUUUUGUGAUAAGACGAAUACCUGGUGAAUCACCCACCAUCAAGUCCAAGGAGAGGUUGACGUUUCAUGUCGGGUACCGGCGGUUUACAGCUUGUCCUAUCUUCUCACAGCACACAAAUGGCACAAAGCACAAGUUUGAGAGAUUCUUGCCCCAUGAAGGCACCUCUGUGGCGACUAUCUAUGCUCCAAUCAUGUUUGCUCCAGCCCCAGUCUUGGUCUUCAAGGAAAACCAUUUCAACGUCCCAGAACUGAUUGCAUCAGGCUCCAUACUGUCCAUUAAUCCUGAUAGGAUUGUUGCCAAGAGAAUAGUUCUGAGUGGUCAUCCCUUCAAGAUUCAUAAGCGCUCUGCCAUCGUCCGCUACAUGUUCUUUAAUAGAGAGGAUGUUCUGUGGUUCAAACCAGUUGAGUUAAGGACAAAAUGGGGUCGCAGAGGUCACAUAAAGGAUCCUCUUGGUACACAUGGUCACAUGAGGUGCUCCUUUGAUGGAAAAUUGAAAUCACAAGACACAGUUCUGCUUACACUCUACAAGAGAAUGUAUCCAAAAUGGACUUACAAUUCCCACGUUCCACAUCCACCGAUCAGAGCAGAGGAUAGGGACACAAUGGAAACAGAGGAGGGACAAGCCUAUCAGAUGUUCACAGACUAAGAACGAUAUGAAAUCUUAUGAUAAUGUUAUGAGAAGCACAAUCCACACAUUAACAUCAGUGUUUAAUGGCAAACAUGUGAAUUAUGGUAAUUUAUAUCAACCAGCCUUAUAGUGACACUAUCCUACAGGAUUCUACUAUUGACACUAUAUACAGGAUCUGUGCAAAGAUGAGCAUCUCAAAUAAAGCUGGCCCAUAU